AUGUCGGACACUCCCUCAUCGCCGUUCAUUGAGCAUCCGGAAACCCCCAGGAAAGCGCUCUUCAGUAGUAAUCGCCCCUCUCCAGUUCGAUCUACACACGCCACACCUUCGCUCCAUGGCACACCAUCCACCGCAAGUCGGUUUUCAAGAACCCCUAGAGAAGACGUGAUCGGGCUUAAAAAAACGAUUUCGCAGUUGCGCUAUGAUUUGGAGGCACUCAAACAGGAGCAACAGGUUGCUCAGAUUCUGCAGGAGGAAAAGGAGCGAGAACUGGAGGCCAAGCACAAGAAAGAGCUGGAUCGAGCUGAACAAGCAGAGUCUGACCAGGUGUUUCUGUUCAACAAACAAAAAGAACUCUCAGACGAAAAUCGCACGCUUAAAGAGGAAUUGCGAUCUCUUCAGUCUCAGCAUGAGGCUGAUGGACGUGAAUUGAAUCAUGAACUGGAAGGAUUGAAGGACUUGCUGAAUGAUCUACAAUCGGAGAACCGAGCUCUUGUGUCGGAAAUGAACUACAAGAUUGAAGACUACGAACACAGAAUCAAGGCGGCAUCUACAACGACUGACGAUCUGCUCAAGGAGGUUGAGAAUAGAGGUACUGCCCUCACAGAAGCUAAAAUGAACGUGGUUAAAUUCGAGCAGCUGGUAGAAUCCUUGAAGGGCGAAUCAUUGGAUCUCAAACAGUCGGCCAAAGAUCUGGAGGCUGUGGAGCAGACUAAAAGUCAACUUUCUGACCAGAUCAAGUAUUCGCGAGAACUGGAGGCGAAAGUGUCUGCCCUGACAGUGAGAGUAGAGGCGGCUGAGUCUGCACAGCAGCUCAGUCAGGUCUAUGAAGAAGAUCUGAGUAGCAUGAAGGGUAAAUUGAAGAACAUGGAAGGUCUCAGACAACAGCUAGCGGAACAGCAGUUGCAAAUUCUGGUACAUGAGGAGAACAGCGCCAAGUGGAAGGCCUAUUUGGAAAAAUCGGACGAGUUCAAAACUGUGGAGGAGGUUGUCACAGCUCUUAACAAGGCUAGAAUGGAAAAAGCUAGCUUGUUGGAGCGUGCCGGUUCAGGAGUGAAUGAUGAAACCCGGUCUACAGCUGAAGCAUAUGCGAGAUUGCAAGAGCGAGUCACCACCCUUGAGUCCGAGCUGCAGCUGGCCCAAAACCAACUCAAGACAGAGAAAAAGAAAGUUGCUACCUCUAUCAGGCAGCACACACUUGCUGCCAACGAGGCAAAGUUCCUUAGAGAGCAGCUGAAGGCGUACGAUGAUGAGGAGGUCACAGCAGCUGGCGCUGACGUUAAGCAGGGUCGUAUUGACGAGCUGGAGAAACUGUUAGAAGCGGUCAAGAACGAGAAGAGUGUUUUGGAAGGUGAAUUGAAGGAGGCAAGAAGCGAGCAAGGGUGUACUGUUGCUGCAGGUACCAAACGACCUCGCGCAGACGAUAGUGUAUCGUCAGAAGUCAUAUCUGAGUACACACGUAAGUUGCAGACUCUUCAGCAGGAGUUUGAUGAGGUCUCUGUCGAGGCCAGACUUCUUGCAAAGACCAAGGAGGCCUUGGAGGCACGGCUUGAGAGUCUUGAGAAGAGCCAGGAAUCACGAGUGCGAAUUCUUGAGCUGCGUGAGAACCCAACUUCUCGCCAUGAAGCUGUCAAGCAAAGCAUGCUGGACACACUUAAAGCUGAGAACGAGGCUCUGAUGGGCAAGAACGAAAACUCAAAGUCUGUACCCCAGGCUUCACUUGAGAGAAAGCAGCUGGAACUCCAGGGUGUCAGAGAUAAGCUGGCAUCUACGGAAAAGUCGUAUCAACGACUCAAGGAGGUGUUCUCGGUCAAGUCGCUGGAAUUUAGAGAAGCAGUGUAUGCUCUAACUGGAUACCAAAUUGACAUCCUCCGAAACAAAAAGGUCAAGGUCACUUCAAUGUAUGCUCAGUCUGAUGAAGACUCGUUCACGUUCUUGCCUGACCCCAAUCAUAAGGGUCAGUUUGCCGGAGUCAUUGAUAGUCCUUUGACUGACGAGUUCAGCAACAUUGUGGAUUACUGGGUGAAGGAUAAGAAGGAUUUUCCAUGUUUUUUGGCAGCUCUCAACCUAGAGCUGUACGAGCGAAAGGAGAACAAUGGUAACCAGGCCAGCUAA